AUAUUGUUAGUGAUGAUGAUCCUGAUGUCCUGCUGCCUCUCCUCCUCUUCCUCUCUCAGGAUGAAGAUGAUGUCCAGCAUCCUGCUGCUCCUCAUCCUCAGCUCAUGUCUCUGUGCAGCAACAUUUGUAGUGAAUGUGACACAGAGCAGCUAUCAGGCAGAGGAGAAGCAGAGCAUCACUCUGGAGUGGACCUUCACCACCAAGACUCACACAUCGACUGAUUCCUUCUUCAUAAGCUGUGAUCUGAUCACUAAUCAUGGAGUUCUUGCCCUCUAUCAUGUAUAUAAAGGUGUUGAGCUGUCAGAGUCUCAGGAUGAUCAGUUUUCAGGACGAGUCCAGAGCAACAAAGACGUCCUCAGAGAAGGACGAAUCAGACUCCAUGUGUCCAGACUGAGGACUGAAGACUCUGGUCUGUAUCUGUGUGACGUGAUGACAGAUUAUGGAGUUGGGUCUGCAAAAUGUCAAGUUAAAGUUCACCUUCAAUCUCGGAUGGAAAAGAAACAGGGACAUCUCUUGUCAGUUUUGUCAACCAAACAUAACGUCAAACCUCAGGGAACGACUGUGAAUCCACAAUCAAAGGUUUGGGGACGGAUUCCAAUCUAUAUCUUAGUAGGACUGACAGCAGCAUUCCCUGUAGCUCUAUUGGUCAAAGAGCUGCUUCACAUUUGUUCAUCUACAGCAGGGGUGUUAAACUCCAGUUCUCAAGGGCCACUGACCUGCAGUUUGAUGUGCCACAGGUACAAAACACAGAAAUGA